AUGGACACUCUACCUGAGCAACCGGUUCGUGUGAUUGUCCCAUCACCGGGACCCUCAAUUGAAAGCGAUCGACUCCGCCUCCGUCCAGUCACCGACUCUGAUGCCCCCGCAUUGUUCGCAGUUCGUUCCCGAUGGGAAGUUGCGCAGAUGAACCAUCCUAAAACACCUUUGAAAUCUAUUGAAGAAACUUGUCAAUGGAUGUCGACGAAGGUAUUCACCCAGGGCCCAGCCGAUGUCAUUGGCCGCUCAUUUCAUUAUGCCAUCUUGGAUAAGUCUAUUCCAGAGCCACAGGAGCAACUAAUUGGUUCUGUGAGUAUCAACGCCGUAGACCCAUUUCCUGAGAUUGGGUAUGCGUUGCUCCCCGAGUCUUGGGGCAAGGGAUAUAUGACGGAAGCACUAAACAUGUUGUUGAAAAUGUGGUGGGAUCUCCCAAGAAGGAGCAAUGAAGGGGAUUCACAACCAGGGGAGCAGGAGAAGGUCUUCGCACUUUGUGAGACGCAGAAUAUUGGAAGCUCCGGGGUGCUGAAAAAGUGUGGGUUCAAGUUUGUCAGUGAAUAUCGGCAUGAGCAGGAUCAGCUUGAUGUCUGGGGCCUGGAAAAGCCUUGA